UAAAGAAAAAGGAAAAGAAAAGAAAAAAUCGAGGGGCUCCUCGUCAGUAACGCGGUUUCGGUAGACCCUACAGAAGCAACAACAACGCCACCACACUGAGAAAACUUCACAACACCCAAUUCUCUCCCACUCUGUCUCUAUCUGCUUACCAGAACCUUUUGCAUAGUCUCUCUUUUGUCUUGUCUUUUUAAGUUUUUGUCUGAAAGAGCUGGUGGUGGUGGUGGUGGCGUUGUGGGGAGGUAGCUAGAUAGAUAGUUCCAAUAUACGGGUCUUGCAGCUUGUGUUAUCAGAUUUAGGAAACUUCCGUUACACUUUUUUUUUGUAUAUAAAUAAAUACAUCUUCUCUUUUCAGGAAAAUAUCGGUUCUGAAAUUAAUCAAAAAAGAGGUUUUUGUAAAUGGUUGAAACUCUCUGUGAAUUUCGUGGUGAUGUCGUCGCACAAGAGGGAGUUUGAAGCAGGGAAAGCUCGGAUGGAAGGUGGCUCUACCCCUGAGGAUAAGCGUCGUAGGUUCAAAAGUGUGGUUCAGGAGGUAAUGAGAUUGCAAACUGUCAAACAUUUCCUUGAACCCGUUCUCGAGCCCUUAAUCCGUAAAGUGGUAAAAGAAGAAGUUGAAUUGGCUCUUGCAAAGCAUCUAACAGGCAUCAAGUGGAUUUGUGAGAAAGAGAUCCUCCAUCCUCUGGAAUCAAAGAACCUACAGUUGAAGUUCUUGAACAAUCUAUCCCUUCCUGUGUUUACCUCAGCUCGGAUAGAAGGAGAUGAAGGCCAAGCUAUAAGAAUUGGACUAAUCGAUCCUUCGACCGGCCAAAUCGUCUCCUCAGGUCCUGCAUCAUCUGCAAAGCUCGAGAUUUGUGUUGUCGAGGGUGACUUUGAGUGUCAUCACAGCGGUUGGUCAGCUGAGGAUUUCAGGAACAACAUUGUAAAAGAGAGAGAAGGAAAAAAGCCUCUGCUGAGUGGGAAUGUGUUUGCGGUUCUUAGUGAUGGCGUCGGUGUUAUGGAUGAAGUUUCGCUUACCGAUAACUCUAGCUGGACCAGGAGCAGGAAGUUCAGACUAGGGGUACGUAUGGUGGAUCAGUUUGAGUUUGUCAAGGUUAGAGAGGCGAUCACUGAGUCCUUUGUUGUAAGGGAUCACCGUGGAGAAUUGUAUAGAAAGCAUCAUCCUCCUUCUCUGUUCGAUGAAGUGUGGAGAUUGGAGAAGAUAGGGAAAGAUGGAGCAUUUCACAAACGACUUAACUAUUCACAUAUAAACACUGUCAAAGAUUUUCUUACACAUUUUCAUUUAAACUCUCCGAAACUCCGGCAAAUUCUUGGUACUGGUAUGUCUUCAAAGAUGUGGGAGAUUACUUUGGACCAUGCUAGAUCUUGUGUUCUUGAUAAUAGCGUCCACGUGUACCAACCUCAUGGCUUUCAGAAGGAAACUGCUGUUGUCUUCAAUGUAGUGGCUCAGGUGCUUGGACUGCUCGUGGAUUUUCAGUAUGUUCCUGCUGAGAAGUUAUCUGAGAUUGAAAAGGCUCAAGCAGAGGAGAUGGUAAUUGCUGCGUUGAGUCAUAUAAACGAAGUAAUCUCUUAUGAUGAUGAGUCUUCCAUGAUGAGGAACUUUCUCAACGUCCAGUCUUCUUGUCAAACCAGCGUUGGGAUUGAUUACUCCGGUUUGAGUCUGACCAGCUUUGACGGUUAUGGUUUUGCGCCAAACCUUCACAGCACAGCAGAAGGUGGUAGUAGUGGCCAUGUUGACAUGGACGUUACUCCACAGGGUUUAUACGACGAGUUCAAUCUCUGGAACUGCUCUCAGAUUCUUGGCUUGGAUGAACCGCAGUCCGAUUUGCAGAGUGCGCUUGAGGGGUUCAUGUCGGAGAAGAAUGUUGUGGUCGUCGGUAAGGCGCACAGCAGAAGAUGGACAAAGCUUUUUAGUGUGUCCAAGUGGCUCUCUGUGUUCAAGAAUGUUACAGUUAGGAAAAAUCAGAAGUGAAAGUUAGUUACAAAGCAAAAAGAAACGACUCGCCCUGGACAGAUUCGUGUGUGUAUAUACAGCUUUGUGAAUCUUUUGGGGUUUAUGAUCGUCCAGAGGCGUUCCAAAGUGUGUUUUUUUCUUCUUCUUAUUGUUCUACUUUGGUUUGUUGCUCUUUCCAUCUUUGUGUUGAAGAUGUGAAUAUGCUAGAGAAAGCUUCAUUUUUGGUUGAAGGCUUCAAAAACAGGGUCUUUUUGUGUGAUCUGUUUGUCAGAAAGUACUGCAAGUAGUAGAGCAUACACAUCCAGUUUUGGAUAUUGGUUCCUUGUUACUUGGAUUAUUAUAUAUAUAUUAUAUUUGUUUGCCAGGUUA